UUGGUGUCACCAUGGAGAUGGUUGCGGUGUGACGCUCCUAGUCCCCAGGAAGUAGUUCCAUCUGUAAACGCAAGGGAAAAUGGACGAUAAUCUUCAACUCGGAGACAGUGGAGUUGUAAAGAAUGUUGCAAAGUUAGGUCGACGGGCUCGCCUGGCUGCAGAGCAAACAUCAUCACUGGAGGAGUCUCGACACGUCAGAAAAUCCUCUUCUUCUACGUCGAUGGGAGAGGAAGAGGAAGAGGUACCCCCUCCUAAACCAGCCCGCAGGCAGGGCGGCUGGGCUGAGGAGACUUCUGGAUCAGCCAAGUCUGGAAGAAGGCCUGCCGUGGUGGAGGACGUGGAAGACCGACGCCUUCGACCACAAACCCCCCAGGGCUCGGAUGAUGAAGGAGAUAUACCAGUGAUCCCAGACCUUGAUGAAGUACAAGAGGAAGACCUUACCAUGCAAGUUGCUGCUCCUCCAAGCAUCCAGGUAAACCGGGUAAUGACAUACAGAGAUCUGGACAACGACCUCAUGAAGUACUCUGCCUUCCAGACCCUGGAUGGGGAGAUUGACUUGAAGCUCCUCACCAAGGUUUUGGCUCCAGAGCAGGAGGUGCGGGAGGAGGACGUGGGUUGGGACUGGGAUCGUCUGUUUACGGAGGUGUCCUCAGAGCUGCUGACGGAAUGGGAUCAAGGAGAGAAGGAGGAGCAGGUUCCGCUGCCUGUGUUAUGAUGACGAGCCUCCCCAGGAUGGGAUAGGGGGGACCAGGACGCCUCCUCUGGGACCUGGGUGGGUGCAUGUCAAUGCUCUGUCCAAACAUAGGGACCAUCAAAUAUAUGUAGCUUGUUGUUCAUAUUCCAAAUUCAGUGCAAAAUGUAUUUAUUUUUUCUAAUAAAUUUAAACACACCA